AUUCCGGCUGGCCUUAAUCGUGAAUUUACAUCCUUCAGUGUAGGCACCUGCAUUCUAGGGUCGAACUUAGAAGCAUUUACCCAAACUAGUGAGGAUUCGGGCUGCACUGAUCGAAUGGUGUUUGAAAUGAAAAUUACUUCACCUCGAGCUAAUUGCGGGUUUGACUAUGAGCUCUCCGACGACGUCGAUGAGAUGGACCUACGCUAUGGAGACUGGAUUGGCUGUAACCAAGGUAACGAUAUUCCAAAGUCAAGUGCGAGAAAGCGCCGGCCCUGGCGCCUGGAGUUACACAACCGCCGAUACCACAGGUACCCUUGGCGAGAAUUACCCUCAGAUUACUGGAGCACUGACUCCCGGUACCGACUACACGGGCACAAGAGCCGAUCCCGCUGCCUACGAAUCUGGACUCACUUGCAAAGAAUUAGGUCUAUGUGAGGCAGACCAAACCUUUUUGGUUCAGUAUAUGAUCCAUCAAGACGUACACGCUUUAUUCGCCAACCCUGGGUUGGGUAACAGUGCUGGCUUUGAUCUCCGCUUGCUGGUUGAUGUGUCCUAUGAGACGGAUAUGGCCAGUGCCACACGUCGUCGUCGUCGUCGCCAAGCAUCCACAGACACAGGCAACACCGGAGUUCAACCGGCUUCAGAUCCUGCACAGGAUGGUCAGGGACCAGCCAGCGUUUCGGCAAGCGGUGAUAUUGUGGGCUCCGAUCAGGUUGCGGCAACGGACGACAAUGACAGUGCCGCUGGGGCAAUAUCGUCCUCGUCGUUCAUGUUAGUAGUUGUAGCCGUAAUCAGUUUAGUGCUUUGUUAG